UGUUUUAAUGGUCAAAAUCUGUAGUUUAUAUUUCCUGUUUUCCCAGCAAAUACCCAAGAGCUUUGAUAUAUUUUCAUCACUUUGAAUACUCAAGAUACCUGCUACAUAAUAAUGAAUGAUUAUUCUCUGAGAUCAAGCUGAUUAAUAAUCGAAAUCAAAGUGUUAGAAAACAGAGUUAAUAACAGUUCCCUAAUCCUAUAUCAUGUCAUGUUUAACUGUGAAGGUGUAUAAUGGUAAAAACUUCAACCUACCAUUUGGUUUGAUCUUAAAUGACUAUGUUCUCCAAAAGAUCGCUGACUGUUCUGAUAGCUGUAACAAGUCAUAUCUAUUCAACAAUAUCAAAAAGGUUUCUUCGUAUUUAAACACAGUUCCCAAUAUUUAUCCUAAUUCAAAUAACAACACCAACAAUAGUAAUGAUAACAGUUCAAAUUAUAUUAAAAAUCCAUUAGUUUAUACUACCAUAGAAUUCGAUAAGGCUGUUUCUUUAGUUGAACCUUGUGCAGGCUUUAUAAGAAACCCAAUAUUUAACAAUGUGUCUGCUUUUGAUGUUUCUCAGAUUUCGAUAAACAAUGCAGUUCAAUCCAAUAAUCAACACGAAUAUAACUGCAACUACUUGGUCUUAGUUAUCCAAGUCUUUAUAAAAAUUCCAAAUAUUCUUAUACCCAGGUUUUAUUUAAAUUCAAAACUAAAUUCAAAAUCACCUUCACAAGAUAUCCUAUUAGGAUAUUCCAGGAUUCCUUUAGAUUUAUCUUCGUAUAACUCAAAAAUUCGGUUAUUAAAUCAUUAUUGGUUAAAAUUUGGUUAUGUCUGUAUAACCGUCGACUAUAGACCAGUUAUUAAAAAUUCUCUAUUAUCCUUACCUUCUUCUUCGAGUUCUAACAACUCAUCUUCUCUGGCAUUAUCUAUCGAUAAAUUUGAUUUAUUAAAAGUCAUAGGCAAAGGUUCAUUUGGAAAAGUGAUGCAAGUUCGUAAAAAGGACACCCAAAGAAUUUAUGCUUUAAAAUCAAUAAGAAAAUCGCUUAUAAUAUCGAGAAUGGAAGUGAUUCACACUUUAGCUGAGAGAACUGUUUUAGCAAAAGUUAAAAACCCCUUUAUAACCUCCUUGAAGUUCUCUUUUCAGUCCAAUGAAAAAUUAUACUUGGUUUUAGAUUUCAUCAAUGGUGGUGAAUUAUUUUAUCAUUUACAAAAAGAAGGCAAAUUUGAUUUAAAAAGAUCAAAAUUUUAUAUUUCAGAAUUGUUCAGUGCUUUAAAUGCCUUGCAUGAGUUCAAUAUCAUUUAUAGAGAUUUGAAACCAGAAAAUAUCUUGUUGGAUUAUCAGGGUCAUAUUUCGUUGUGUGAUUUUGGCUUAUGCAAACUAAAUCUUGCUUCUGAUGAUAAAACAAAUACGUUUUGUGGAACUCCUGAAUAUUUGGCUCCUGAGUUGCUACUAAACAAAGGUUACACCAGGUCUGUUGAUUGGUGGACUUUGGGUAUAUUACUCUAUGAAAUGUUGGUUGGUUUGCCACCAUUUUAUGAUGAAAAAAUCCCCAUAAUGUACAAAAAAAUCCUAAAUGACAACUUGCUCUUUCCCAGUGAUAUCGAUGAAUUGGCUCGAGAUUUAAUCCAAAGGCUAUUGAUUAGGAGUCCUGAAAAGAGAUUAGGCAGUGGAGUUAAUGGUGUUGAAGAUAUCAAAAACCACAGGUUUUUUCAUGAUAUUGAUUGGGAUCAAUUGAAUGGGAAAAAAUACACUCCUCCUUUUAAACCUCCGGUGAAUAAUGCCUUUGAUACUAGUAAUUUCGAUGAUGAAUUUACAAAUGAGAUGCCCACUGAUAGUGUUGUGAAUGAUUACUUGAGUAAAAGUGUUCAAAAGCAAUUUGAAGGUUGGACUUAUGUAGCAGAUAGCAAAUUAACAUAA